CCUGAAGAAGUCAAUGACCUCUGGUGUCCUUGAUGACUUCAGCUUUUCUUAAGCGUCCCCUGCGCAGCUGGCCAGAUUUGUGAACAACUAAAGUCUCCUGAAAGCCUUAAGGUCUUCGUGGACCUUGUGUGUGUAUAUUAGAACAAGUGGUGUUUCAGCUAAGCUAGGAAGUAGAGCUGUAACUGCCACUUCCGGUUGGCUUUAUCCUCGAAGCGUCGUCCAGUCUGUGAGUAUGGGCUCCAAGCCGUUCAAAAUACGUUCCGCGGACGAUAGCCAGAAGUAUGGAGUGGCAGCACAGGAUCUCAAUGAUCUGAUUGCCAAGGGAUGCAAAGUGCUGAAGGUACCAAUUAAGGGCUGCAAAAUCUGCCUGCAGCAAGAUGGAACUCUCAUCAACAGCCGGGAAUUUUUCCAAGCGCUCCCUCCCCUCUCUGUCUUGGUGUUCCUCAGAAAAGGAGAGAAGUGGACUGGAGAUGACUAUGGGAAGAUGAUCAAGACUUUGCUAGAAGCCCCUGAAGAUCCUGUGAGGAGACAGCAGUUAACUGAGAAUCUUGAGGACAUGAUUGCCAAGGAGUCCUCCCCAGAAAGAGUCCACGCCCUCAACUUGUACCUGCAGAGUAUUCCAGACAACAUUGAUGCAGAAACUCGGGAGGAAGACCCAGACUGGUUUGAAGGUCUAGACAAGAGAUAUAAAACCAAAAGCCAAGUGAUGGCAUAUAGUGCACAGGGGAGGAUAAGAGGCUACUUUUCAACGACAAAGGAAUUCAUUUCCAACCUUGAGGAUCCUGUAACAAAGUUAAUUCUCAAGAGAGUGCUAGAAAGCUUCCGACCCCGCCUGAAGAAUAACGGCUACCACGGCGACUACUUCAGACGGACGGCGAAACCCAAGAAGCGCCUGUGCACGCAGGCCGGUUGGUUUGUCUGCCAUGGCCCGUACAACACAAAAACCUGUCAGGAGAAACACAUGAUCAACCCUUACAGCAGCAGACAGAAGAGGGCAGCCUUCAGUACUUGGAACCUGGACCACAGAAUUGAGAAGAGUAGAAGCAUCCUUCCCAGCAUGCAGCAGGCAGCUAUGUCCUGUCCGAAGGGGAAGCAGCUGAACUGGGAGUACUUCUACGAACUCUUGUUCACAACAGACAACCUCAAACUGGUGGAGAUUAGCUGUCACAAGAAAGAUGCACACAAGGGGUAUGACUGUGAUGAGAAAAAGUACUAUACUGGUAAAUAGUAAGGUAGAUAGUGCACACAUCAGGCUUGUAUAUUGGCCCCGGUAGCAUGGAAUUCAUGUCUCACACUCACUCACUCACUCCCCGGUUUAACGUCUGUUGUUCCCCAUCCUGUGGGGGUUGGACGUGCUUGCACGUUGAUGAGGGGUCCUGAUGGCAUCUCGCCAGCAUCCUCUGUCACUUGGGUUGAUACUGUGUAGGUUGAGAAAGUCUAGGUCUGUUUUCAUUAAUUACUUUUUACUUAAAUGCAGAAAUCUGAGCAAUGUAUUUUUAGGGAUUUAUUAGUAGAACACACAAACACCUAUGUAUGUACACAUUGAAUGUGUUAGUAUUAUAUGUACUACAUGUAUCUUUGUAAAUGUUAUACUUCAUGAAGAGUCAGUGUCAAGGUUCCUUGCCUGUGAUACAUUUUACUUUUACUUAUGUACAAGUUUAUUUUAUUAGUGAUAAAGUGGUUUGAAUGCUAUGCUAUUUUUAUUUUCUACUGUGUAGCCUUUCUAUAUUUUUUAGGACAGUUUUCAGAGCGGGAAAAAUUGCUAUGGGCUAAUGGUUGAUUAAGAUGCAAUGUAUCUACAUGUAUUACUUCUCUGUGGUGAAAUGAUGAAUUCAAAUGUAAAAGUGCUACAAACAGUCAGUUAAGAAUGUGUUUUGAUGCUUUUUAUAGAGACUACAUCUUUGAUAAAUCUGCUGGCACAAGACAAAUUAUGUAAUAAGACAAACAGUAUGGGUGCCUAAGCAUUUGAACAAAUUUUAUGAAAUUUGGACAGAUUUUAUCUAAAAAAAGGAAUGAAUCACAAAAACAUACAAAGCUUAUGUGACAUGCACAAAUCACUGUAACUCACAGGAAUUUUAUGGGACAAGCUGUUUUGAAAGACGUUUUGAAUCGGUGUAAAAAAACACAAGCCAGUUUGCUCCUUUUAUGUUUAAUUUUGGCGCAUCUUACCAUAUUUUCGUGUCAUCACAGCUUGACAACGCCAAUUUUGAAUACCCCGCUUAAUUUUGUCAUUGACAUAUUAGGCAGUAUUGGAUGGUUUGCAUAAAAAGACAUGUAAAGCACAUAUUAUAAUUCGUACGGUUUUACAUAGUGAUAUGUGCAUACUUCAUAAGAUUUGUACGAAUUUUGUAAAAUCUGAACAAAUGCUUAGGCAACCCUGAACACAAGUUGUAGAAUUUGUCUGUCAUGAGGAAUUGCUUGUAUUUUUGCUAGUGUUUCAAAGAAAUAUUGGUGCAAUUGAUGUACCCCGGUGAUUGUUUUUGACAAAUUCUUAGUUGAGUAUUGAAGCUCUAUACUUAUUAGGUAGGUAAGGAAAUGAAGUUAGGACAUGUAAUUUCAGCAAAUUUACUAAAAUUCUUGGCCAUAUUUUAAGAUUUUACAAUUGUAUGAUGGAUUCUUAACGAAUUCUGCUACCUUACAUGAUCUUUGAAAUUACUUUAAAUACCACAAAUAUCAAACCUAUACAG